AUGAAUGAGGGCUACCUAUUAUAUGUCCUUUUAUUCUUCUCAGUCGUUUGCACGGAAGUAGUCAAUGCUGGGAAGGUGAAUACCAACUCUCAGAGGCUCCAAAGAGGUCUUCCACCAAGAGCACCCGUACGACGAUAUAACGCAACAUCAACCAGACAUGCACCCGCCAGACGUUCCGCCCCUGUGGUAGGAUACAUGCAAGCCUCACCUGUUUCUGCAAGCAAACGAAACUUCCCCGAGCGGGCCGGUACGCCAUAUGAUACAAUAUCAUAUGUGGGGUAUGACAGUACAAAGGGUUGGUUACAACUUUCGACUGAUCCUACUUCAGCUGCAUCCUUUCAUUUCACAAACGGAGCAGGAACCGAGCAGGACGUUCAAUUAUGGGUUUCGGAUGCCCAACACGGUUACGCCGUUAGUGGAAUUUGGCAUUGGCUUGGUGGUACGGAAAGAAACAUGAACUCUGAUACAUAUUUAUCAAUAGUUUUCACUUCCGGUUCUCAAAAAACUCCUUCUCAAUCAUAUGGUUCCUUCAGUCAAUCAGCCAUUUGGACCACACCAUCUUCCUGGCCCCAGACGGACGGUACUACCACUGUCGACGCGCCAUUUCAUGUUUUCGACACUACGGUACGUAUUUUCACUUGUCUUUCUCGAUAUUCUACCGACUUUUCAGACGCGGAGAUUGAUGUUGGGCUCCGGUCCGGACAAUUUAUCCUAGGAACCAGCGCCAUAUUUUGGGACAACGAUUACCAGGUUCCUGACAUGUCCGGUGACGCCAGCGGCACAAAUGGCAACGGAGUUCUUAAUGAGCCCAAAAUGGGAGAAGCUCGCAAGCCGGGCUUGUUGACCGCCAAGGCAUUGAGAACAUCGGACUUGCAGACGGAUGGGAGCUCAAGGAUCAAGGAGAGAGGAAUGACUAUGCUUGUGACACUCAUACUAGCUAUGACGGCACAUUGUAAGCCAGUCUGGGAGAGUAACGCCGAACGUCUCAGACGUGGCUUACCACCGGCCUCACCUCUAAGAAGAUAUAACGCCUCUAGCACUCGACACGCACAUGCGAAGCGAUCCAACUCUCCGACCACGGCGUAUAUACAAGCAUCUCCUGUGACGGUCGGUAAACGAAGCCUAUCAAAUAGAGCGGGAACACCUUAUGAUUCCAUAUCAUGGCUCACAUACAACCCCACUACUAGUCUCUUCAUCUUGUCCACUGAUCCAACCCAAGCUACCGAAUUCUUCUUCCCCACUCAAGGGACUGAUCAAGAGGUCAACGUCAAUGUCGAUGGAACGACGAAUACCGUUACGAUUUUUGUGUAUCAUUAUGGUACACCCUUGACUAUGGCUCAAGAACACGGGGUAUCCGUGGAUUUCUCCCUCACUCAGGAUACACAAACACUUGAUGCUUCUUAUGGAAAUCUAGAGCAAAUACCCGUAUGGGACAUACCUACCUAUCUACCGGCGCCUGUGGUUUUCAGUUUUCAUAACGUGGACGGAACGGAAACUCGAGAUAUCCCUACGUUCGUUUUUGAUAGAACGGAUUACGCCCCCAUCUCGGACACACUUGGCGCUGGAUUGAGAGCAUCUGAUCUUAUCUCUGCUUCAAGGACACAGCAGGUAGUGUUGACAUGGGUGGAAACGAUAUCUUAG